AUGACAGCCCCCACUACCACCGAUGCCACAAGCGACUGGCGCAUGAUCGAUACGUGCCCAGAACAUAUUGACACAGCGAACAGCGACAUGGGGCUCUCGUCCAUCCACGUUGUGGGCGAUCGGUCAGUGACGGGGACGUUCUUCAGCGCCAGGGAUAUCGCAGACCUGGUGGGUGUGGAAAGUCCAGAGAGCGUCUACGAUUCGAUCCCGCACGAACACAGGGUGAAAAUCAAAAUCGCCGAUGCCUGGGCCGUCUACCUCGAUACAGCGGGAUUGAUAAUGUGUCUCGUGUCCUCCGAGUGUGGACGAAAGACCACGUACAUCCAGCGGGUCAUGAACAACAUUACCACACACUCGGUUGGUGCUUGCCGCCUCUCGGAACUCGCUGCCGAGCUCGAACGCGUGAAGCGCGAAGCCGCCGCCGCCAGCAAGGCCCACGAUGAGGCGAGGGCCUUCGAUGCAAGGCGCGCCCGUCAGCUCGCCGAGGCGACCGCGCGCGAGAUGGAAGGACUCCGGGCGGCCCUCAAGGCCGCCGAGGAGGCUCGUAAGGCCGCCGAGGAGGCUCGUAAGGCCACCGAGGAGGCUCUCGCUGCGUCACAGGCACAGCUCGCCGCGUUGCAGACACAGCUCGCCGCGUUACAGGCACAGCUCGCCGCGUCACAGGCGCAGCUCAUUGAGCUCGCCAUGACGACACCGGCACGCAAGAGGGUCAAACGAGCAUGA